GACAUCCGGAAAGCCCUCUUCCGAUAUAUGUUUUACUGUCUGUAGUCACAUGCAACAUACUGUCACUUGUUUUGGUUAUUUUACAAAUAGUUGAAUAAGUUUACAGCUACAAUGGACGACCGAGAGCUAGACCUGACAGCAGCACAGAAAGCUACCAAGUCAAAAUACCCGCCAAUCAACAAAAAGUAUGAAUACCUAGAUCAUACAGCAGAUGUACAAAUUCACUCCUGGGGGAACUCUCUAGAGGAAGCGUUUGAGCAGUGCGCCAUGGGCAUGUUCGGCUACAUGACGGACACAGAGACAGUGGAACCGCUGGACACUGUUGAUGUGGAAUCAGAGGGUCACGACAUCGAGUCCCUUCUUUUCCACUUCCUAGAUGACUGGUUAUAUAAGUUUUGUGCAGAUCUCUUCUUCAUUCCCAGGGAGGUCAAAGUUCUGCACAUUGACAGAAUAAACUUCAAGAUCCGAUCCAUUGGAUGGGGUGAAGAAUUUUCUCUGGAAAAACAUCCACAGGGAACAGAGGUGAAAGCAAUCACAUACUCCGCAAUGCAGAUCCAUGAUAAGGAAAAAGCAGAUAUAUUUGCCAUCAUUGAUAUCUGACGAUAUCUCCAAAUGCAGACCACGCUCCUGGGAUUCAAUAA